GUGCUGUUUGCGUUAUGUUUUCCGACGUGCAAAUUGUUUAAUGUUUGACCACUGCGGCCGCCAUUUUGUGUGUUUGUUUGAAAAUUAAAAGUGAAAUAUAUUGUGUGUGGAUAAAGGGUGACAUUCCACAUUUGUACAAGUGCAAACAAUGGCUGCUAGGGUGACCGCAACACCAUGAAGUUUGCAACAUAACAAACUUAUUUGCAUAUUUCAAAAAUUAUUUUUUGAAAUUUAUUCAGCGCUGAGAAAAACAUCAUAUUAAUUAACACAACUUUAUAAAUAUAAACCAUUAUAUAUUUUUUUAUGAAUUACCUCGAUGUGAAAGACAUUAUUGCAGUGCUCUUAUUUGUGUGAGUUUCAAACUUUAAACAAUUAUGUUUAAAACAUUACUACAUUCAUAAUUUGCUUCGUCUAAAAAAGAAAAAUGCAUUUUAAUGUAAAUGCAAUGUUGAUACUAUUCCUUUAUUGCUCGUUCAAAACUUAGCACACAACAAAACUUAAUUAUUAUCAUCGUGUACCGAUUUUUGGUAAUAUAUAAUAUUAACGAAUAUUAUUAUAACGAUGGCUAUGUACUGGACAAAUGAACGUUUGAGUGAAUUAAUUGCUCAAUUCCGUACACAUCCUGUGUUAUGGAACCCAAAACACGAAAAUUAUCGCGAUCGCCUGAGCAAAAGUCGCGCUUGGGACGAUAUCGCGUCCAAUUUACGCGUCGAAAGAUAUGUCUGUGAGAGAAAAAUGAAUAUUUUACGUACGCAAUUUAGAAGAGAAUGGAACAGGAAGAAAUAUAGCUUGAUGAACGGCAAAAUUGUCAGGGAAUCCAAAUGGUACGCCUAUAGGAGUCUCCAGUUCCUGGAAGGAGUUGAGCAGAGAGGAUUCAGGCAUAGAUUCUCUAACCAGGCCGAAAAUUUUCACAACAUAGCGUCAGUAUUGCAAAUAAGCUCAAAAUGGCCCAACACCGUCAAUAGGCGCUAUCAGCAAAUGAAUAUUCAACAAGUAGAAAAAAAGAGAGAAGAAAGCAAAGACUCAUAUUGCGACCAAUUGCAAACUGUAAAGUGUGAAACAAUGUCAAAUGCUGAUGAGGAAAAUAUUGAUCAAGCUCUUGAUAAUGAAAAUGAUGAAUAUCCACAGGAUUACUCUUUGCGCGAUCAUAAUAAAAAUGAAAUAGAUGAACAUCUUCAUGAGAACGACGCUAUUGAUGAACAGGAUAAACAUGGGAUUGAAGUAAAUAAUAUUCC